UGGAAGAUAGAAUGAUAGAACUGAGAAGUGGAGUGGAGUAUCAGCGAUUGACACAGUUCUCAACCAAGAUUGACAUAUAGAAUCAAAAUGAACAUAACUACAAAUCAACAAAUAUGUAAAACUGAAUCAAUUUACACGUUCUAGGCGACUUGAGGAUGAUUACAUGCAAAGGUUAACACACGGAUCUGAGAAAUGGCAGAUCGUCCAACGUGAUCUGAGUUUGGAUUCAAUGUGAUAGCUGUUGGAAGCAGUUAUAACUGAGGACACAAUUUAUUUUGCAUGUGUGCAUCAUGCAAAUCAAAAUGUUACAAGUGUUUAAUUUUUCAUUAAACACAAGUGAUAUACAUCAGAGUUUCCUAAUGCAAUUUGCUUCCACGAUAGACUUUUCUGUGAUCAGAAUAUUGGCUCAUUUAUUUGCUAUUAGAUAAUACUUGGUAUUUGCAUUAAAUAUCUAUCAGUAAAUGUUGUUUGUUUAUGUCAUUUAAACAAAAUAAAAUUAUGUAUGCUAUAAAAGUUGUGUAUCAAGUAAAAUCUUAAAUGAUAAAUAUUAUUAACAUUGGUUUUCAUUUAGUUUAUAUUCCAUGCAAAAGUGAUUUAUUAUGAUUAGCCUAAUUAUUUAUUAUAGAUUCAUAGUAUUGGCAAAAAUGUACACUUUUACACAUUGUGGCUAGGCUACAAGUAAAGAAGGAAAGAAAACUGUUUUCUGUGCAGCUAUACUUGUACAUAUGUGCCACUGGAGGAAUAAAAUGGCAACCCAAAGUGAAAACCCAUAUAAGUGUUCACUUUGUAGCUAUUCUUGUACUAGAAAUAGUAACUUGAAGAAACAUAUAUUAACUCACACAGGUGUAAAACCUUAUACAUGUUCCAUGUGCAGUUAUGCUUGUACUACAAAUGGUAAUUUGAAGAAUCAUAUAUUAACCCAUACAGGUGAGAAACCUUAUAAGUGUUCAAUGUGUAGAUAUGCUACUUCUAGAAAUGGUGCCUUGAAAAAACACAUGUUAACUCACACAGGCGAAAAGCCUUGUAAGUGCCCCCUCUGUAACUAUGCCUGUACUACAAAUGGUAACUUGAAGAAACAUAUGUUAACACACACAGGCAUAAAACCUUAUACAUGUUCCACAUGCAACUACGCUUGUACAACAAGUGGGAAUUUGAAGACUCAUAUAUUAACUCACACAGGUGAGAAACCUUAUAAGUGCUCUGUGUGUAGUUAUGCUUGUUCUAGAAGUGGUGCCUUGAAGAUCCACAUGUUAACUCACACAGGAGAAAAGGCAUAUAAGUGUUUCCAUUGCGACUAUGCUUUUGCUACAAGUUGUAACUUGAGAAAACAUUUAUUAAUUCAUACAGGUGAAAAACCUUAUAAGUGUUUUUUUGUGUAGCUACGAUUGUACAACAAGCGAUGCGUUGAAGAGGCAUACAUUAACACACACAGGAGAAAAACCGUAUAAGUGUUCCCAGUGCAGCUAUGCUUCUGCACAAAAUUAUGCCAUGAAGAAACAUGUACUUACACACACAGG